UUGGGUAAGGAAAGACAACUUUUGCGGUUAGGGUUAUUUGUUUUCCUCUCUCUCUCUCCAGCGAUUUCGCUCGUCUUCUCCGAUUUACUUCUGUUCAAUCGGUAUCUAGGGUUUCCCUAUCAUCUGGAAUCGGAUCUGUACUAGGGAUGGAUGCUCGCAAGAGAGGACGGCCUGAUGCUGGCGCCUACAACUCCAAUGGCGGAUUCAAGAGGUCCAAGCAAGAGAUGGAAUCAUAUUCAACUGGUUUAGGAAGCAAAUCGAAGCCAUGCACAAAAUUUUUCAGCACUUCUGGAUGUCCUUUCGGUGAGAACUGCCACUUCUUACACUAUGUUCCUGGUGGGUACAACGUGGUGUCCCAGAUGACAAAUCUCGGUCCGCCAGUCCCACAAGUCUCGAGAAACAUGCCGGGAUCUGGCCCGGGCCGAUAUUCUGGGAGAACAGAGCCAGGACCAGGCCCUGUUUCAAGCUUCGGGGCCUCUGCCACUGCAAAAAUAAGCGUUGACGCCUCUUUAGCAGGUGCCAUCAUAGGGAAAGGUGGGAUCAAUUCCAAACAGAUAUGCCGACAGACAGGGGCAAAGCUAUCGAUCCAAGAUCACGAGAGAGACCCGAACCUGAAGAACAUCGAGCUGGAAGGAACGUUUGAGCAGAUCAACGAGGCAAGUGCAAUGGUGAGAGAGCUCAUAGUGAGGGUUGGUUCCGCAGCCAGGAGACCCUCUGGUGGAGGUGGAGGUGGAGGUGGAGGUUCUGAAGGGAAACCCCAUCCGGGGAGCAACUACAAGACAAAGCUAUGCGAGAGAUUCUCCAAAGGGAACUGUACUUUUGGAGAUAGAUGUCACUUUGCACACGGAGAGGCCGAGCUGCGCAAACCAGGAGUUGCUUAGGAAGUUGUGUUGGGAGCACUUGUCUGAAAAAGCCGGUAUUACCCCAACCUUUGACUCUCUUUCUGGCCUUAAUAUCACUGUCUGUUUGCCUUUGUUUCGAGAAACUAAGUUAGCUCCGUUGUCGUUGUAGUUAGUUUUGGUGGGGAGUUCCUUUUUUUGGUUUCGUGCAGAUUGGUUUGAACCGUGGUAGCGGGUAGUGUGCUUAGACCAAGCUUUAGAAUGUAUUCUUCUCUCAUAGAUUCGAUGUUUAAGUUUUAAACUUGAUUUGGAUUUUGUUUGGUCUGUGGGAUCUGCUGUGAAAUCUGUUUUCUGGUUUUAUU